CUGAAAAUAAUUAGCGUUAGCUCGGACGGCGGUUUGGGAUUUAGCUAAGGCUUUAUUCGUAUUAAAGAAAUCGAAAUGACAUAUUUAUAAAGCGCUGAUAACAUGUAGAACUCGACGGCAUCAUGUUCGCGUCGUUCAGGAGCCACAAGCUGCAGUCGUCCGGUUGCUGUCAUUAGCAGCGACCUGUUGUCAAAAUAGAAGAAAAUGCGUUUUAGCGUAGUGUUCUCUGUUUUCUAGCCAAAACGGUUUCAAUUUUGACGGGGGGGAAAAAGUGAGAAUACGUUCGCUGUGUAAUGGCAAACCAACCUGGCCGCUAGCUUUUCCCUCAGCGUCUCCAAGCCGUGACAGCUAACUGGCUAGCUAGCUAGCUAACUAGCUAGCUAGCCAGCCUUGUUUACCACCAUGGACAGGGAGGCGUACCGUAACUGCAGCAGCCUGGUCAAAAUACCCAGGCAGACGUAUGAGCAGUUUUGGUCUUCACAUUUUGUAGAUUACAUCGACAAGGAGCUGAGCUAUUCCAAGUUUUUCAAGAAGUACUUGCUUCCCAAUCACCCGUGUAUGUUUUCCAGAAGGUUCACAGAGGAGUGGAAGUGUAGGAGACAGUGGGUGACUGAGGAGGGGAAACCGAACUUCCAGAAACUGCUGCAGGAAUUUGACGAGACUCCUGUUCCUGUUGCAAACUGCAACGCAAAGGAAUACAAUGCCAACCCCAAGCAAGUCAUGCCUUUCAAAGAGUUUAUACACUACUGGAAGGAAUACAUCCAGAAUGGACACUCAUCACCCAAAGGAUGCCUCUAUCUUAAAGACUGGCACAUGUCAAGGGACUUUCCAGAACAUAAUGUUUACACCACUCCGGUCUUCUUUUCUUCUGACUGGCUGAAUGAAUACUGGGAUACACUUGAAGUGGACGACUACCGGUUUGUCUACAUGGGACCGAAAGGCUCAUGGACCCCGUUCCACGCCGACGUGUUCCGCUCCUACAGCUGGUCUGCAAACAUCUGUGGCAGGAAGAAGUGGCUCCUGUAUCCUCCAGGUCAGGAGGACUUUUUACGAGAUACUCACGGCAACCUCCCGUACGACAUCACGUCAGCUGAACUGAGAGACAGAGGCCUUUUUCCGCACUCCGAAGAAGCCUGUCAGCCUCUUGAAAUAAUUCAAGAGGCUGGUGAAAUCAUUUUCGUGCCCAGCGGCUGGCAUCAUCAAGUUUAUAAUCUGGAAGAUACCAUCUCUAUUAACCAUAAUUGGCUGAAUGGCUGCAACAUUGACAUAAUGUGGCAGUUCCUUCAGAAUGAGCUGUCGUCUGUUCAGAAGGAGAUAGAUGAGUGGAGGAACACGAUGGAUUCAUGGCAUCAGCACUGCCAGGUCAUCAUGAAGGCCUGCUCUGGUAUAGACUACGGGGAAUUUGCCUCCUUCCUGAAAAUCAUCGCCGACAACCGAAUGGCUUUCCUGAAUGCCUGUUCCUCUGGGGAUCCCUCCGAGUACUCACGGCAUCUCUCAGAGACCCUCACCACGCUCGGACCUUACCACGCUGCCUUUGACCUACAAAGAGUGGCUCACAUAAUCGAAUGUCUCCUGUGCAAUGAAGACUUUAAGCGGCUCGAUCACUCGACGUUGACUUUGCAGCCGGAAACCAUGUUACAGCAAAUUCGAGACACGAUUCAAUCCACAAGAGGGCAGCAUCUCCUUUACCAGGAGUAAUCUGUUCAGUGUCUCAACUAUUACAUCCACCUGGAAAUAGCUUGAAUGAAAAGUGCCAAUUUGUUCUGGUGCAAAAUAAAAAGACGAUUGUAUGUGUUGAGAUGAGUUGUAAUCUCAAAUGUUGCUUUUGAAUGUCUGAAGAUUGUUUUUGCACUGAAAGAUAAAAAGGAUAAAUAAACACAUAAAUAUA